UCGGAGCACAAUGAAAGCCUGUGUAUCGCCGUGACUCCGGGCAGCGGAGCCAGUGUCAGCCCAGCGGCGAACAACAGACGGGAAAGAGAAAGGAAAAGACCAGCUACUUUCUUUUCCAUCUCUAAAGCGGAGCAAUCCAAGAGAUAGAACCACAUUGCUUAUUGCGAGUCCAGACCCUCAGAUCCACUGGCCGGGGAUGGAAUGUACAAAAGUGGACAGAAAAGUGGCUGGACAUGACUCGGUGCAAUUUGCUGGAAGUUUGUAAGUUUGACCAUCGUUUGUAAAUUACUCUCGGAGGAGUUUGUCUCUCUUGAUACUGUAUUAGAAUCGAGCCGGGGGUGAGGACUAGGGACGUAAGCGGGAAAGAAAAAAAUGUGUUGAAGGAUCUCUCUCAGUGGCUAGUGACUUCAGACUGCUUUCAUUUAAGGCUGGGACACCUUAGAGGGAAUGAGGAUUUUACUGGUGAUUGGAUUAGCUGAAGAAAAAAGCAUGGUCCAAAAGUCCAGUUACUGACAUUAACAAUUGAAAAGCUGCCUCCCGUUCUUUGGGGAGAGGAUCACAUCCUACAGUCCCCCAAAGGGGAGAAAACACCGGAGCAAAGGGAAAGGGAGGAAAAAUUAAAAGCCAAAAGACAGUAUCUCUUGAUUUUUGUACGUUUUGAACAUUGACUUCAAAAAGCUUCUGAAACAGCACUUUUUUUUUUUUUUUAACCUGAGGAAAAGUAAAGGCCGUGGGUUACAGUGACCAUGGUAGAAAUGGGUUUCUCUGCAGAAACAUCCCCAUAAAGAAUCUUCCAAAACAACUAGGUGAGGGGGAGUCCAGCUCUGUAUUAAUACCUCUCACAAUUCCCUUUGCUGUCUGUUCCUGUCUCUCACUUGACAAUCCCUGAAUUCUUGCUCUUACCCCCAGAUCGUGUGUUUACAAAGUACCUAGUGGCUCUUGUCAGCUUGGUGGGGGGAGAAAAACCCCACUCACUCUGUCCAACUUCUCCAGAGCUGUCAAAUGCAAUUAGAGUAAGUUGAUCAGGGUUUGUUUCCAAAUUACCCUCUGCGAUUGGUUUCUGUUCUUUCUCCUCACCCUCUUUUACUCACUCCCCUCCCCCAUACCUUCUCCACUACUCCCCCCAACCUCUGAAGACCUCUAUUCAUGUGGCCCUGAACACUGAGCGCACAUUGUCAACAGCAGAUUUGCCUGCACUAACCAGCCAUAGCCUCCUUCCACCUCACCAUCCCAGAGGCAGCAAUCAUUGUGUCCAGUAAGAUGGGGGACACAGCGCCCCCGCAGGCCCCCACAGGAGGGUUAGGGGGGGCCCCUGGGGCGGGGCUCCUUGGAGGGGGCUCGGUCACCCCGAGAGUGCACAGUGCCAUCGUGGAGCGCCUUCGGGCUCGGAUCGCCGUCUGCCGCCAGCACCACCUGAGCUGUGAAGGACGCUACGAACGGGGUAGGGCUGAGAGCUCAGACCGGGAAAGAGAGAGCACCUUGCAGCUCCUGAGCCUCGUACAGCACGGCCAGGGGGCGAGGAAGGCUGGCAAACACACCAAGGCCACUGCCACUGCUGCCACCACUACAGCCCCUCCCCCGCCACCUGCUGCCCCUCCUACAGCCUCCCAAGCAGCAGCGACAGCGGCCCCACCGCCCCCACCAGACUAUCACCAUCACCACCAGCAGCACCUGCUGAGUAGCAGCAAUAAUGGUGGCAGCGGUGGGAUCGACGGGGAGCAGACACCGGCCUCGACCCCCGCGGACCAGAGGAACUCGGCCCUGAUCGCGCUCCAGGGUUCCUUGAAAAGAAAGCAGAUAGUUAACCUGUCCCCUGCCAACAGCAAGAGGCCUAAUGGCUUUGUCGACAACUCAUUCCUUGAUAUCAAAAGAAUCCGUGUUGGGGAAAACCUCACUGCAGGACAAGGGGGCCUCCAAGUAAAUAAUGGACAAAGUCAUAUGAUGUCAGGGACCUUGCCCAUGAGCCAAGCACCCCUGAGAAAGACUGCCACGCUGCCACCCCAUACACAUUCUCCUGGAAAUGGUAUGUUCAACAUGGGCUUAAAGGAAGUGAAGAAGGAACCGGGAGAGACUCUCUCUUGCAGCAAGCAUGUGGAUGGUCAAGUGACCCAGGAGAAUAUUUUUUCUAACAGGUACGGAGAUGACACCGGAGAGCAGCUGAUGGAUCCCGAGCUGCAGGAACUGUUCAAUGAACUGACCAAUAUAUCUGUGCCUCCCAUGAGUGACCUUGAGCUGGAGAACAUGAUCAACGCCACCAUAAAGCAGGACGACCCGUUUAACAUCGACUUGGGUCAGCAAAGCCAGAGGAGCACUCCCCGGCCGUCCUUGCCCAUGGAGAAGACGGUGAUCAAAAGUGAAUACUCACCCGGCCUGACCCAGGGCCCCUCGGGCUCUCCUCAGUUGAGGCCCUCAUCCGCCGGCCCUGCGUUCUCCAUGGCCACCUCGGCCCUCUCCGCUUCCUCCCCGAUCCCUUCGGUCCCUCAGAGCCAGGCUCAGCCCCAGACGGCCUCAGGAGCAAGCCGGGCCCUGCCGAGCUGGCAGGAAGUAUCCCACGCCCAGCAGCUCAAACAGAUCGCUGCUAAUCGUCAGCAGCACGUCCGGAUGCAGCAGCACCAGCCGACCAGCUGGCCAGGUUUGCCCUCUGCGGCGGGGCCCUCCCCAGGUCCGUUUGGGCAGGAGAAAAUCCCCAGCCCCUCUUUUGGCCAGCAGCCAUUCAGCCCCCAGAGCUCCCCGAUGCCGGGGGUCGUGGGCGGCGGCAGCCAGUCGAAGGUCAUGGCGAACUACAUAUACAAGGCCAGCCCCUCGGCCCAGGGAGGGGCUCUGGACGUGCUCCUACAGCAGAAGCCUCAGGACCUUAGUCGGAGUUUUAUGAACAACCCCCACACAGCCAUGGAGCCCCGGCAUGGCAGCACCAAGCCUUUGUUUCAUUUUAACUCAGAUCAAGCCAACCAGCAGAUGCCUUCCGUUUUGCCUCCCCAGAGCAAGCCUCCUCUCCUGCAUUACACCCAGCCGCAGCCGCAGCCGCAGCAGAGCUCGAUUGCAGCUCAGCAGCAGCCACAGCAGCAGCCGCCGCAGCAGCAGCCGCCGCCGCAGCCGCAGCCACAGCCGCAGCCGCAGCCAGCAGCUCAGCCCACCCAACCUCUCUCGAGCCAGCCUUUGCUGAGGUCACCGUUACCACUUCAGCAAAAGAUCCUGCUGCAGAAGAUGCAGAAUCAGCCCAUCACAGGACUGGGGUACCAAGUCUCCCAACAACACAGACAGGAUCAACACUCCGUGGUAGGCCAGAACACAGGCCCCAGUCCAAGUCCCAACCCCUGCUCAAAUCCAAACACUGGAAGUGGUUACAUGAACUCCCAGCAAUCACUGUUGAAUCAGCAAUUGAUGGGAAAGAAACAGACUCUACAGAGGCAGAUCAUGGAACAGAAACAGCAGCUUCUCCUCCAGCAGCAGAUGCUGGUUGACACGGAGAAAAUUGCUCCACAAGAUCAGAUAAACAGACAUUUGACAAGGCCACCCCCAGAUUAUAAAGACCAAAGAAGAAAUGUGGGCAACAUGCAGCCAACAGCUCAGUAUUCUGGUGGCUCAUCAACAGUGAGUUUAAACUCUAACCAGGCUUUGGCAAACCCAGUUUCAACACACACCAUUUUAACUCCAAAUCCCAGCCUCAUGUCUACUUCUCAUGGGACAAGAAUGCCAUCCUUAUCCACUGCAGUUCAGAACAUAGGGAUGUAUGGGAAUCUGCCUUGCAAUCAACCUGGAACAUACAGCGUCACUUCAGGAAUGAAUCAGUUGACCCAACACAGAAACCCAAACCAAUUGAUAGCAAAUCAAAACAACCCUCUGAUGCCCCGGCCACCCACUUUAGGGCCCAGUAAUAAUAAUAAUAAUGUGGCCACUUUUGGAGCUGGAUCUGUUGGCAAUUCGCAACAAUUAAGACCAAAUUUAACCCAUAGUAUGGCAAGCAUGCCAGCACAGAGAACGUCGAAUGUAAUGAUCACAUCCAGUACAACAGCACCAAACUGGGCCUCUCAAGAAGCAACAACCAAACAGCAGGAAGCACUGAAAUCUACAGGAGUCCGCUUCCCCCCAGGCACACCUACAGCCUAUACUCCAAACCAGUCAUUGCAACAGGCAGUAGGUAGCCAGCAAUUUUCCCAGAGAGCAGUGGCUCCUCCUAAUCAGUUAACACCAGCAGUGCAAAUGAGACCCAUGAACCAAAUGAGCCAGACAUUAAAUGGACAAAACAUGGGUCCACUCAGAAGUCUGAAUCUCAGACCCAAUCAGCUAAGCACACAGAUUUUGCCUAAUUUGAACCAGUCAGGAACAGGGUUGAGUCAGUCGAGGACAAGCAUAAGCCAGCCAUCAUCCCUGACAGCCGGCAGUUUUCCUUCACCCAACCAAAGUUCCAGGGCUUUUCAAGGAACUGACCAUGGCAAUGACUUAGCUUUUGACUUUCUCAACCAACAGACUGAUAACAUGGGCCCUGCCCUAAACAGUGAUGCUGAUUUCAUUGAUUCUUUAUUGAAGACAGAGCCUGGUAAUGAUGACUGGAUGAAAGACAUCAACCUUGAUGAAAUCUUGGGGAACAACUCCUAGAGAAGAAAAGGGAGACAAUUCACAAACUCCAAGCACUAAAAGGCAGUAUUCUACAAGGACUCUGUAAAGGCCAAACUGUUGACUUUUAGUUGGACUCUAUGAAGAUACCUUGGCUUAUAAAUGGAAAGCAGAAAGUAACUGUAGCGGUGAACAUUUUGGUCCAAAUGCUUGUUUUAAAUCUCAAACCUGAAAGUAAAACAUUGGGAUCACUUUUUCCCUGUCUACACCCCAGGACACAGUAUCCAGUUUAUCCAAACAGAACUGUGAUGUUGAUGUGUAAUUAGUUGUGUAAAAUAGGCUUCCCAAGCUCCUUUUCUCCCUGAAAGCAAAGCAAUAGAACUUCUGGCUUGUUUAAACCCCACAUCAUGCGGAGGUACUAGUUCCAAGCAACAAGCAACAAAUUCCUUAAUUUGCUCUAACAGAUAUAUAAGUGUGGUUUAAUCCCUCCACUCUGUCUUUUCAUUUAGGUUUCCUAAAACUUCCAGGGUAGAUUGAAAUGUUACAGAUUUGUUUGGAGUAACCAAACAGUGUCCUAAGUAAAGGAAAACUGGAGAACAUAGAGAACACCCAGUGGACUAUAGAAUUUCUUCCCCAGAUUCAUCCCCUCACUUUUUCCGUUUUCCCACAUAUCCUAUACUUCAAGAUGCUGUGUCUAGUGAUGAAACAAGAACGCAGAGAUGGUCAACUUUUUUCCACAACCAAUUUCCAAAUCCAGUUUCUGAAUCUUAGAUUCAGUCGCGACCUAUCCUAAUCGUACUGAAAUAUUAGUGCACAUGUGUCUGCAUCAGAUUUCACUACUUAAAAGAGAAAACACCACAUUGGGCAUUGCUAUAAAGGAGAUGUAUUUGACCACAAAUAACUUGGGCUGUUGCUUAUUGUGAUGAUGCCUGCUGGUUAGUCCCCAAGCUGAGUGAAAUUGAGCCUGGCCCUCUCUGCUUAUUUUGAUGACCAGAGACUGAUUUGUAAGAAAAGGAAGUUUGGAGACCAAAGCUGGCAGUAGAAGGUAUCAUAUUUUGGUUGAAGAUAAGAAGCAAAAGGUCAGGACCAGGGAUGGUGGGCACGGGUGUGUACAAAUCUAUUUCAUAGGGUUUGAAGGAAAGCAUAAUUGAGACAAAAAACAAUUUGGCCUUAUUUGGACACAUUAUUUGGGUGAACAGCUAAAUAGAAUGUGAUCUAUUAGUAGCAGUCUACUCAUUCUUCUGUCCCUGAUGUGAUGAAUCAUUGCCACAUGCUAGAUGGGCCCUUCAUAUCCAGGUUUUCUCCCUCAGGGCUGAGCACUGUAUCAAAGAAAGAGUUCCUAUUGAGUUGUGUAACAGAUCAGCUGCAAAAUGGGGAAGAUGUGUGCUGAUUUGGGAUGUAUGCAAAAUAUCACUAUCAUUUUCCUCAUUGCAGAGGAACACAGGUUAUCUUCAGCUUUUUUAGUCAUACACUCGCGUAUUCAAUUAUCAAGUGAUAUUUAACUGAAAUCAUUUAAUAACUCUUUAAAUACCUUUCUAAAAAGAACACAUUUUGAAAGUUCUGCAAAGCCCUCUUGCAAUCUUUAAAAUGUCUAGAAGCACUCUCUUUCUUUUACACAAUACCAACAUCGCU